AUGCCGUCCGCACCGCACCCCCUCGAUCCCCUGACUCCAGACGAGAUAACACAGGCUGCAGACAUAGUACGCCCUCUAUUCCCCGCCCAGCACCUCAAUUUCCGCGUCAUCACACUGCUUGAACCGCCCAAAGACAAACUCACCACAUACCUCGACGCCGAGCACCUCGGCUCCGCUCCUCCAGUGCUCGCCCGCUGUGCCCGCGUCGAGGUCCUAGUCAAGAGCGGACCAGACAGCAAUGAUCUGUUUGAACUCGUUAUCGAUGUGCAGAGCAAAUCCGUGGUGAAGCAGCAGCGGCUCGAGGGAAAGCACUCGUACAUCGACGCCGCGUACAUGCAGGACGUGGAGCGCGCAUGCAUCGCAGACGCACGCGUGCAGAGCGAAAUCGCAAAGCUGGCGCUUCCGGAGGGUGCAAGCGUGAUUGUCGAGGCAUGGGCGUAUGCCACGGACGGCGCGAGCGACAUGGCGCGCCGGAUUACGAUGUGCUGGUUCUACGCUCGUCUGGUAGAUCACCCGGAUGCAAAUUAUUACGCGUAUCCGCUGUCGCUUUGCGCUGAGGUUGAGGAGACACUGAAGGUUAUCGGGGUGUAUCACCUCCCCUGCCGCGCUGGCGAGACAGUGCAUAACGACGCCCAGCCCUUCGACGCCCGCGCGAAGCAGCCACUGGAGAUGAGUGAGUAUCAUCCCGAUCUGCGGCCCUCUCCGCGCACAACCACGAAACCGCUGCAGGUCGUGCAGCCAGAUGGUGCGUCGUUCAGCAUCACCGGGCAGCACGUCUCGUGGGAGAAGUGGCAGUUUCGCGUCGGCUUCAAUUACCGCGAGGGCCUGACGCUGCACGAUAUCCGGUACGACGGGCGACAGGUUCUGCACCGGGUAUCGCUGGCAGAGAUGUUCGUGCCGUACGCAGACCCACGGUCGCCGUAUCCACGCAAGGGCGCGUUUGACCUGGGGAACGACGGAGCAGGCGUGAACGCAAAUAAUCUACGGUUGGGUUGCGAUUGUCUCGGUACAAUUGCGUACUUCGACGGCUGGCACAAUACGGCGUCUGGACUGCCGCUUCGAUUGCCCAACGUGGUUUGUGUGCACGAGCAGGACGACGGGAUUCUCUGGAAGCAUACGAAUUUCCGUACAGGGCAUGCGGUAGUGACGCGGUCGCGCGUGCUCGUCCUGCAGACCAUCAUUACGGUAAGUAAUUAUGAGUAUAUAUUCGCAUUCCACUUCGGACAGGAUGCGUCCAUCAACUACGAAGUCCGGGCGACGGGCAUUCUCUCGACCGUCCCCAUUGCAGUGGGUGAGCCAAAGCCACCCUACGGCACUAUUGUUGCUCCAGGCGUGCUCGCACCGUACCACCAGCAUCUGUUCUGCCUGCGCAUCGACGCUGCCAUUGACGGACACAAGAACUCCGUUGUGAUCGAAGAAUCGCAUGCAAUGCCCCUUGACGACGCAGAAGUGCACAAUCCAUUUGGAAUCGGGUACGAGACACGGACGCGCUACGUCGAGCGCGAAGGCGGUUUCGAUCUCGACUUCACUAAGAACCGCGUCUUCAAGAUCGUCAACGAAACGGUUAUCAACCCCACGACGCAGACUCCCGUCAGCUUCAAACUACUCCCCUCCUAUAGCCAGAUGCUACUCGCCCACCCGUCGUCGUUCCACGCCAGGCGCUCCGAGUACGGGCAGCACGCUGUUUGGGUUACCAAGUAUCGUGAGGACGAGAUGUUCCCGUCGGGGCGGUACACCAUGCAGUCCAUGGGCGGUGAAGGCAUUGCGACUGCGAUUAAGAAGAGAGCUGGGGAUGAGAUGGAAGCGAGCGUGCGAAACGAGGACGUCGUGGUGUGGCACACGUUUGGGUCGACGCACAACCCGAGAAUUGAGGAUUGGCCAGUCAUGCCGUGCGAAAAGAUGUCGGUGGGACUGAAACCAGUGAACUUCUUUAGCGGAAACCCAGGACUGGACGUUGCCCCUAGCACCCAGGAGGUGAAUAAGAGCGUGUUGCAUAAAGCAAUCGUGGACGGUGACAAAGUAUGCUGUCAGACCUCAGAAGGGUGA